AUGACACCAAACAAUCAACGACGAUAUCGGAAAACCGCCAACGACGACUACAAACGAAACAAACGACGUAAUAAAGGAAAGAAUCCAACAAAUGCUGAUAUCACAGAAACACCUACGAAAAUACCAGAAAACGACGUUACCAAAAAAUCGACAACUACAAAUGAAAGUGAAAUAACAAAAACAAACCACCAACAAACGACGAGGCAUCA